AUGUCCAACGAUGUUCAGAUGGAUGAUGCAGGCGCUGAAAAGCGGGAUGACUGGGUAAAGAUCACCAGUUCAGACGGCUACUCCUUUCUCGUGAAGCGAAAUGUCGCUGCGAUCAGUGGCACACUCAAAAACAUGCUUAGCGAGGACAGUAGUUUCAGGGAGGCAAUUGCCAACACAUGUCCGAUCAGCGAACGCCGAAAUAGCGCUGCUGUGGUCGAGAAGGCCUACUACGAGGGGCCUGGAUCCAAGGAGGGUGUUGAUGUGAAUGAGUUCACCGAACGCAUACCACCCGAGGUGGCGCUGGAACUGUGUGUCACAUCGUUACCUGUUCCAUUAUGA